AUGUGGAAGUGGUCGACUGUUAAGAGAAUCCCCGUAUAUGGAGGUUCAUUCUUUUCUAUGAAACAUAUGGUGUUUGCUCCUGCUGAUUUGAGCUGGAGCUGCUCUUUCUCGGCGAUGCAUUCUUUGAUAGACACAGGAGGAGAAAACAGUGAUAGUGUUUCCAAGUUCAUCAGCAGAACUGAUUACACGAACCUUUUGGACACGUAUGGAAGAGAUGGGAACCUCUCUGCUGCUUAUGACUUGUUACAGUCCUUACAAGACAAGAACAUUUGCUUCCCUGUUUCUGUUUUCAAGAACCUUCUUGCAGCAGCGGGUGAGCAGAAUGAUACAAAGCUCUCUUGCAGAGCUUUUAGAUUGAUGUUGUUCCAAGCGGGUCGGCCUUUGAGUUCAGAUUGUUAUCUCAACCUCGCCAGAGCCUUUAUCAACACUGAUGAUUGUGUGCCUUUGUUGUGCCUUCUCAAAGAAGUGUCUGAGUCUUCUCUUCCGUGUAGGUUAAUAGUAAUAAACAGAACCAUCCUUGCAUUUGCCGAGUCUCGACAGGUCGACAAGGUCCUUAUGAUACUUGAGGAGAUGAAAGAGUGGGAAUGUAAACCAGAUGUGAUCACUUACAACUCUGUUUUGGAUAUCUUGGGACGAGCUGGCUUAGUCAAUGAGAUGCUCAGGUUAUUAUCAUCUAUGAAAGAAGAUUGCGAUGUGAGCUUAGACAUCAUUACAUACAACACGGUGUUAAACGGGAUGAGGAGAGCUUGUAGAUUCGAUAUGUGUUUGGUGUUAUAUGAAGAGAUGGUUCAGUGUGGGAUUGAGCCUGAUCUGCUUAGUUACACUGCUGUGAUAGACAGUUUGGGUCGGUCAGGGAAAACAAAGGAGGCAUUGAGGCUCUUCGAUGAGAUGAAAGAGCGGGAGAUUCGACCAUCAGUUUAUGCCUACAGAGCAUUGAUUGAUUGUUUGAAGAAGUCAGGAGAGUUUCAGAUGGCGUUGGAGCUUUCAGAUGAGUUGAAGAACAGUUCAACGUUAGAUUUGGCAGGUCCACAAGAUUUCAAACGAUACUUGAGACCACAUAGACGCUGAGAAGCCUCUAGCUUUAAGCAAUUGUGUUGUUUCACUUGGGUUAGGCAUAUGUAAUGAAAUCAAACACACAAUUUUGAUUUUGGUGUUGAUUUGAAGAACCUGAUAGAAUGACAAUCAAGGUUUACAAAAUGUAUUGAUAUGACCAGUCUCAUAAAGUUUGC